AUGGAAAGUUGUAUUGAGCGGUUGUAUGCUGGCUUACUUGAUGAUGCCACGGUAUUGAUCAAGAAGAGUGAUUCAUUGCGAUCUGUAUCGAAUGUUGAAGAUCAAUUGAAUGAAAAGAGGGAAGAUGUUUCCUGGGAACUGGUCUUGAGGAAUGGAAAUAUUGUAAAUACAAUGAAGGGAUUUUGUGGUGUGGUGCUGAGAAUACAAGUUGGAGAGGAGAGUGUGAUUGUCAAGUUGGCUAGUACGAAUGGAAAGAUGAGACCUCUAUUGAAGAAUCAAUACAGAAAUGAAGUGGAAUUUUGUAGAUGGUUGAUGAUGAAGAAAAAAGUUGAUGGCUUACCAAAGAUAUUUGCCAGUGGAUAUUUGAAUGAAGAAGAGCAAUUAUUUUACAUUGUAAUGGAAGAUUGUGGAAUUGGAGAAAUGGAUCAAUUGAGUGAUUGCUCUAUUGAGGAUGCAUCUAAUAUAUUGAGACAUUGGCAGAGAGUCCAACUCGAAAUUGGGAGCAAUCUUUCUGAUUUGAAUGUUAGGAGCUUGUUUUACUCCUUCAUAAAUGGAGUUCUCUUCUUUGAAUUUAACUCGCUACUAGAAAAGGAGGAAAAUCUUGAUAAAUAUCUGGUGGAAACUGUUUGUGCGAAGGUUGAGGGGGACUGGACAAUAUUUUUGGACGUUAUUAAGGAACUAGAUUGGUCUACUUACAGUGAUACCAUUUUGCAACAUUUUCACACAAGAAUAGAGUUGCCAAAUUUGGUGGCCAACAUUAAGAACUCGCUCUCGUACCUCCAAAAUGAUCAAGCAUUUGCCGUUCACGGUGAUUUUAGAUUGGAAAAUAUUAUUAAGAAAGGAAAUUCUGUAAAAUUUAUUGAUUUUCAAUCCUUAAGCAAAGGUCCUUGCUCCUAUGAUCUUUCACAUUUUACUGCCCAAAGCAUAUCCAUUCAAAAGAGGAGGACAGUGGAAGAGUCGCUCCUCCGUGAAUACUUUGAAUCAUUGAGUGGUAACAAGUUGAGUUGGGAGAGUUUCCUUGAAUCCUACAAACAUUGCAUAGUUCUCCAGAUGUGUUAUUGCGUGCUAGGUAUUGGAAGUCAUUGGAAAUAUUAUUUGCAAAGUGGUAAACUCAAAGAUCCACAAUUCCUUAAGGAAAAGAGUGCUCGGGUUGGUAUGGAUAUUAUUGCAAGGACAUGUCAUCUCUACAUUGAUCAUUUCCAAUAAAUUACGUUGAAGGUUG